AUGGAAUUUACACAAAACAAUCAUCUGACGAUGCGCCGACAGACAGGAAUAAGAGAGAAGAAACCCUAUCUGCGUUACGUUUCUAAUCAGAGGAUUGUCAUCGAUAGCGAGUUGACAGUGCACCCGCGUAUGUGUACUGAUAAAUCAUACCCAUCAUGCGGCGUAUGUGGCAAGGAGUUUAGCAGUAAUAGCGUACUGGCGGUACACCAGCGGACGCACACGGGCGUAAAACCGUACGAUUGUAAUGACUGUGGUAAGUCGUUCUCUCAAAAAACUAAUUUGAUUAACCACUUGCGGACGCAUACAGGCGAGAAGCCGUACGACUGUUACGUGUGCGGUAAGUCAUUUUCUCAAAAAAGUAGUUUAACUAGGCACCUGCGGAAGCACACCGGUAAAAAACCGUACCGCUGUGUGGUGUAUGUGACAAGAAGUUUAGUUUGA